UUGACCAUAACAGGAGUCGGUAGAGAAGCUGUCGGGGUGGAGCAACCCUGCCAACACAACCAGGCAAAUUAAAAAUGGAGCUCGGUAUCAGUCAGCGAUAGAAAUAUGAAGUGUCAUCCAUCAGUCAGCACUUUGCUCGUGACUUCACCUCACUACCUGACGCAGUAACCUGAGCAGCCGCCCGGGCAGACUCCGCCCGGAUGGCGAGUCUGUCUUAUUUGGUGCUCCGCUUCUCGGGCUCCGCUGGUCGGACUUACGGAGUAUUCUCCAAAGGCUUGACGAGGACUUUGUUGAUAUUUUUUGAUCUCGCAUGGCGACUGCGAAUCAGAUUCCCUUAUGUCUACCUGGUCGCUUCGAUGAUGUUUAAUGUCAGAUUACAGGUCCACAUCGAAAUCCACUGAAUCUUCAACGCCUGUCUUUGGGCUUAAAUCACCAAACUGUGGGCAGCAGCCUGACACUGCACAGCAAUGUGGAGGAAGAGGACAUUUCAUUCUGUGUGAUGAUGCAACAAAGUGACACGGCUGGUUGUCGCGGUCAGCCCGUGUCACACGAGCCCAGUGCCUUCGCAGGGGAAGGACGACAGUGAAGUAUGCAAAAAAAUGAGCCGGGGUGAGCGGUGAUGUGCGAGGGUGAGGCAGAAACAAUGCUCAACCCUGUUAACUCGCCACCCGAGAUCCAGGAGCUGCUCGUCCUACCCGUGGAGAUUGUGUCGGAAUACGGGUGGAUUUUGACACUGCCUUUUCUCUCUGCAUAACGAGGACUUUUGGCGUGGAUUUGAAAAUGGAUGAUUGUUACUGUGGUACUUUGUAGCUACUCCUCAUUGUCUGACAUGUAUGUUUAUUAGGUGCUCAGUGUCAACAUCUCACUUUGAUUUAAAAAGUAAAUAUCUACACCGCAUGACACAUGACACAGACAGCAUGUUUUUUGUCCUCUGUAGCUCAGAGGCGUUGUUUGGAGUUAGCCGUAUAAGCGGUACCCGGUCAUUCAGCAGAGGUUUAUUGUAGGAGAACAGCACAGCUGCUACUACUGGAAAUUUACAGUCUGUUAUUAAGUGCAAUCUCAAAGGGAAUCACUGCAUGUCUUCUUUGUGUUCGCACACGCCUCGUCACACUCGUGUUUCUGCAUAUCGGUGGCACUGCAAAGGAGGUAGUGGAAAAAAUGUUACCCACACUUUUUUUUUUUUAGCUGCAUUUUAUUUUUAUUUCUGUGAAAAAUGUGCGUGUCGGGGUUUGAAGUCGAAGUAUUGAGAGUAAGGAUGAUUGAAUUUGGGAAGUAAUAAAUUAAUGAAAUCACA